UGCCAGCAGCUCUUCCCUGCUCGCCUCUCGCUUCUUAGAAGCUUCCAAUCCAGUCACUCGCAAGGCGCUGUCCUUUCAGCACCACAAGCUCGGGCUGAGGAGGGAGGACCCCAGGCCGUCUUCUUCAAAUUGACUUGAAUCUGCUCUGACCCCUCCAAGAGUGCAAGACAGUCUGGGAAGAAAAGCGUAAGGAUGGUGAAGCUGAACACUAACCCUGGCGAGAAGGGAACCAAGCCCCCUUCGGUGGAGGAUGGCUUCCAGACCGUCCCUCUCAUCACACCCUUGGAGGUUAAUCACUUGCAGCUGCCUGCUCCAGAAAAGGUGAUUGUGAAGACAAGGACAGAAUAUCAGCCAGAACAGAAGAACAAAGGGAAGUUCCGGGUGCCGAAAAUCGCCGAAUUUACGGUCACCAUCCUUGUCAGCCUGGCCCUAGCUUUCCUCGCAUGCAUCGUGUUCCUGGUGGUUUACAAAGCUUUCACCUAUGACCACAGCUGCCCAGAGGGAUUUGUCUAUAAGCACAAGCGCUGCAUCCCAGCCUCCCUGGAUGCUUACUACUCAUCCCAGGACCCCAACUCCAGAAGCCGCUUCUACACGGUCAUCAGCCACUACAGUGUGGCCAAGCAGAGCACCGCCCGGGCCAUCGGGCCGUGGCUGUCGGCCGCCGCCGUCAUCCAUGAGCCCAAGCCGCCCAAGACCCAGGGCCAUUAGAGGCCCACCCUCGUCAGAACGGGGAGGGGAGCAGAGAGGGUUCCCCUGGUUGGCUAAGCCAAGCUCCAGUUACAAGACAACACUGUACUCCUGGGAUAUGGGGGCGGGGGCGGGGCAGGGCGGGGGGAGGAACUCACUGAAAAUACCGUGCACUGGAGUUGUCUGAAUGGAUAUUUCUUUCUGUCCCUUAGUAUUGUUGAUUCGUCCCAGAGUCAGGCUCAUGUACAAAGGCAUGUUUCAUGUUGAUCGUUCCCAUGUAAGAUAUUUUCAAAGCCGCUGCUUAUUCUUUGUUAGGAAAAUUUUUAAAAUUGAAAAGGCAAGGAACAAAGGAAAGGUACAAAACGCAUUAAACUGGCUAAACCUGGAUGCCUUUGCAGGGUGGUGGACAGCGCAGACCCUCUGGGCCUCUUAGACAAGGAGUUGCAUCUUCACCAUGGGCUCCCGUGGGUGAUACAGACUCAGGCUCUGUGGUUUUCCUUUGCAGGGUAGGAAGAGGGGAAGUUAGAAAUAGCUGAGUCCCGGAGAAGGACUGACUUAGAGUAUGGGAGGGCACCCGGGAUACAGGCACUCAACCCAAAGUAAAAAGCACCCCCUGCUGGGCCAUUUUGCAAGGUUAGCACUGACUUGCAGAGAUGGCCAUGAAGCGGCUGGGACCCGCCCACUGGGCCUCGCCUCUGAAAAUGUAAGCCGCAUGGUGUGCUGUGUGUUCCUAAAUUGACAAGCGGGCCGAUUUUCUUUGUCUGUUUCUUGUCUUUUGAGAUCUAUACCUGGAUGAAACUCACAUUCAUGAGACGACAGGGAGAAAGGGAGAGGAGGGGGAAGAGGCUGCAGGAGGAGGGAAGGUAUAGUGCAGGCAGCUAGCACCUGGCCAGGCUAGAAGCACAGACACCCAAUAUAUAUAUAUAUAUAUAUAUAUUUUAAUUUUGUUUGUUUGUUGUUUCCCCCGAGUGCUAAUAUCAGUAGCAAUGACAAUUACAAUUAAGAGCCGGGAUCCUCAUGUGACAGUGGAGAAGACUUUAAGAUUGGGGCUGCAACAACCCCAAGCCAUUUCUAAAUGAAUCAGAAAAAUGAGACUGUCUUUGGCCCACUCCAUCGUGUUGACAGGAGACAUUUGUUCAGAUGCCCCCACCUGGUUCUCGGUGUUUCUGGCAAGGAGGUAGCAUCCAUCAUUGACCCACUGCUCUGGAACCGUAUCAGGUACUCUCACAUGGCUCUCUCACAAAUGUCUCCGAGAGGCCUGUGCUGUGGGAUGUCGGCUGGCUCCGGGCCCAACAGGGCCAGAACUGGCUGGGAGAAUUGGUUAUUUGAGAUGUGGUACUGUUUCCCCCUGAGUCUCUGACCAGACCAUUUAAAAGGUAUACUUUUUGCGUGGCUUGCUACGGUGCCAAAAUCAUUCUUAUACAACAGCUGGGUAAUAAGUGUUAAGUGCGAAACAUCCUGCCAAACGCUCUCAUCUGAUUUUUCCUCCCUCCUCUCCCACCUGCCCAUCAUCUUGAGUCACCUGUAAAUUCAUUUGUUAUCUAAAGUGGAACAACAAAUUUGUCCCUAGCAAAACUGCUGAGCGCUUUAUAAUUUUGUGGUGUAUUUUUGUUAGUAGGUAGCAGAGGCUGAAGUAUUUUUUGGUGUAAUUCUUAAAAUUUUCUGACAGGAAACAAAUAAAGAUAGAUGUGUCUAAGCGUC